CCAUUGAGACCAAAACAACAAUAAGACAAGAGGAGUCAAGGGAGGAAGGAAGAAACCAAGAACGCAUUGAAACAAGAGCCAUACCUCCAAAUCAGCGAGGCUAAACAUCAGAGACAAUGUUGGGAUCAAGGCUUGCCUUCUGCUACGGAUUUGUGCACCUGCUGCUGCAGACGCACCUCCUCGUGUGUGCCUACCCCUACAGCGACCCUGUGGUCAGAGAUACCGACGCUUUAAAGACCUUACUUCAACGCCUAGAAGAUGCAUUUUUGCUGAACGUCAGAGCAGAAUCAUUAGAGAGGGGGCAGGUGCCAGAUGGAAUGCCGGAAGAGCGAUCAUUCGAAGCGGAGGAUGCAAGCCAGGAGCGAGACGCAGAAGAAUCGGCUAUUGGAUACAGCAGGCAGGAUGCGGAGGAGGCGCGCCUCUCGGACAGGAAUACCAGUGGAUUUCUGAACCCACUGAGAAACGCAAAACGAUAUUCUGGCUGCUUCGGAAGGAGAAUCGACCGUAUCGGAUCAAUGAGUGCGCUAGGGUGCAACGGUGGUUCUAGAAUGAGUUACAAAAGAAGUUAAAACCAUCAUAAGAGAUCCCUACUGUACACCCGCUCUGAGGAAUGGGGAUUUUUCACGA